CUGCUGCAGAGAGCAGCGGCAUGGAGGAAGGCUUCCCUGCGUCCAUGCUCGUGGUCGCUGGGCUCCUGAGAGUAGCAGGUGCUUCCACGAGUGAACCUUGGUCCCGUCACGCGACAGACCCAAGCUCUCUGGAAGGAGGCUGGGGGGCAGCCACAGGCCACCCAGUUCCAAUCAGGGAAGAUGAGGUCUCCCAAGUGACCCUCCAGUUCAACAGUUUCACAUCUGAUUUCCUUAAUGAUGGUACCUCUCACCCGCAUGAAAUCAUUAGAACUGAGGUGGAGCAAAUCUUGAAAGGUGGAGGUCAGCAGCUGACAUUUCCAGACAGACAUCCUAGCAGGGCUCAACUGCCCUUCUUGGAGGGGGCUGUUUUAGGUCACCAGAGCAAAGUUCCCCCCACCAGCAGGGCUCUGAAGAGCAAAAACAUGCUCAGCGCCUUGUCAAGGACCGUAGCAGAAGCUACCAGCCGGACAGAACCUCUGGCUACAUUCCUGCCAAGGGAAGAUGCAACAAAAAAUGUUGGGUAUGAACUCAGCAUAAGUGCCAUGCAACCCCCCUUUGUCCCCACGGAACCAGCAGAGAUAGAUCUCCCUACAACCUUCCACCUAGAACCCUCCAAGAGUGCUGGGCAGAAGAUGAGAAUGGACAUCAGCCCUUCUCUAGCCACAAGCCCUGGGUCCCCUGAUGUGUCCACCUUGGACAAGAACAUGACACAACCACAAGCCCUUCUGGAGGACUCCUUGACUCCUGUUAAGCACGGACUGGGGAAAUCAUCAACGUUUCUCCCCACUGGAAGCCAACGGAGGCUGGUUGAUGGCGGACUAACACUGCAAGGUCCUAGGACUUCUGAGAUUCCCAGGGCUCUUGGGCUCUUGAGGGAGGCACAGGCCAGCUACUUGGUUUCCUCCCAGCAGCAGCCUCUUUCAGAAGAGCCUGUGACCACACAGCAGCCUGACUUUGCUUCCUCUCCUCACGGGGAGGCUGCAGGACACAAAGCAGUUGGCCUGCCAAGAGCUGAGGGCCCUGCACUUCUGACUCCUCCCCAAAGCCACGCUACAUCUUCCCAGUUCCUACUGUCUUCAGAUACUCUUUCUUCAGGGACCCCGCCACAGUCUGCCGUGCCGGGGGAUGCCAGCCAAGGAGACCAGCCCAGGCCUGCUUUUCUAUCUUGGUUUGCCCCGUCCAGCCAACCUGUCUUGUCUGAUGAAGCUGAUAAACGUCUUCAAGAGAGCAUGCACUUCGCUUUGCAACGGGGGAACGGUCUCCAAGUAAGAAUCCAGCCCUCCAGUUUCAAGGUGUCCCAAAUCGCUGCUGCUUUAGGAGAUCCACCAUCUGUGUCCAAAGGGCAAGAAACCACUCCGGAGAUGUCUGUUCCAACCCAAGAACAGCCACAGCUACCCACUUUGAUUGCCACUGUGGAGGGCGAGGCGCAAGGAAUUGCACUCCGCACAUCUCCAUUAGGCGAGGCAACAUCUCCUCAUGCUGAUUCUACAAUGCCACAUGGGGUUGCUUCUUCCCACAUUCAGCCACUGUUGCCAGUCACACCUGGUGCUGCUAGACAUGUCACACAAGCCAUAUCCGAGAUUCUGUUGCCCAGCACAUUUUCCCCGCUGGUCCACGGACUGCGAGCAUCUCUCCGCACAUCUGUUCUGCCUCUUGCCGAGUCAGCUUCCUCUGUGUCAGCAUCUGCUCCUGUUCCCACCCAGCCACCCACACCUGGCCUCUCUGCCUCUGUCAGGCUGGGCACGCAUGCAUCUUUUCACGCUUUGCCGCAACGUGAAUCAGAACACCUGUCAACUGGGACGGCCACUUCUGUUCCCACCGAGCUGCCAGCACGAGGCAGUUCGGCUUCUUCAUACGCUGGGCCUCGCUUGUCAGAUGCAACUGAGCCUACCCCCUCCACACCCCGACCGGCGGGGCUGUCAACUCUUGUGCUCAGCGAACGGCAGGGGAGAGCAUUUGGCGUGAUCCUCCAAACUGAGCAUCAAACAUUCUCUGCUCGUGACAGACCGACAGUUGCAGAGAGAAAUGUUCCUUCGCCUCUGGAGACAGGAGCACCUGCUGCUGGCUUGAAUGUCCCGGCCACGGCUGCCUGUGCCCACCCCACACCAAAUCUGUCAGCAGACGUCUCCAGGCCUUUUUAUGCUAAGACACAACCACUGCCUACUGGAGACUCCACCAAGUUGCAACCAGCCACACCCUACGGGCAUCCUCCUGGCCCACAGGUGCCUGUCUUAGAGGGGACUCUGCCAACACAUUUCAAAUCACAAAAGCCGUGUGAUUCUGCCUCUUCUGUUAAGGAUUCCCACUUUUCGGUCCUGCCAGUUUAUGCCCAGGCCAACCUCAACAAAAAGGAAGCGCCAGCAGAAGGAAGUCUGCCAGUCUCUACCGAGGCAAGCUUUUCCAUUCCUCCUCGUGCCAGAGCCCCAUGGGUCUUGCCUGUUCAUGCCCAGCCACUGCACCACCUGCCUCAUGUAUCUGCCCAGCUUGGGACCACACUCCUUGCCCAUGUUGGGACACAGACGCCAAACACUCCUCCCUCUUCCUCAGUGCAAUUGCUUGGCAAUCUCGGGAUGCAGCCGUCAAGCACGUCCGUCUUUGUCCAGACAGAACUCUGGCCAGAAGCUGUGCCUCUCUCUGCUGAGGCUGCUGCACCAAAUUCAAAAGCCCCAACUCCUGUCCAGCCAUCGCAGCAGCUUCCGGUCACUCUUGUUCUUCCUGGAACGCAUCACACCACUGCGAAAGAGGGGGCAGGGCAGAGCUCUCCCCAAAGCAGCCCCAAAGCAGCCUCAAGGGACAGCCCUCCUUGGCCAGGCGUCUUUGCUGCGAGGGCCCCACAGAGACGAGAGGGCAGAGGUCAGAGAUCAGCUGCUCCCAGUUUGGUCAGUCCGUCUUCCCAAACCAUCCAUCACAAAAAUGUCGAUCUUCCUAUUCCGAGCCCCAUGCGCCUGGCACACCCCUUCCCUGGCUUGGGGACAACUCCCAUGCUGGUGGGAGCUGAGGUUCAGGAUCUCAUGCAAGACUCCCAAGGUUACAUUCGGAACCUCCUCAACCAAUCAGACGUUGCAGUGGAUGGAAACCUGGACUCUGCUGUGGCCAGUAGUUACCUUGGAAUCUCUUCUUCUCUCCAGUCCUUUUCCUUCUUGAUCCAGAGUGCUGAAAACAUGAUCUGUCUGCAGCCUAUGCAAAAUACCACUCCACCGUCUGGAGAACCAAAUGUCACUGGGCUAGGAGUGCCUUCCUUUCCGGGAAUGCUGAUUCCAUCUGCUUUCCUUGGCCUUUCCCACCCAGGUGCUUCGCAUCUGAUACACAUGAGUCCGUCUAGCAUUGUUCUGGUCAAACCUACAUUUGUGUUUCUGCCAGCUGAUGACCCAGAAGACCUUGUGCUACGUUCUGCUGAGGAGAAAAAGGAACACCCUGAUAGGCAUUCGUUCACCAAGGCGGCUGUUCUGCGCUUGGUCGCAAGCGGCUAUGGGCCACGGGCAGAAAGCCAUUCCACCAGCAAACACUCAACAAGGGCAAACGUUCUUCCCACUGAUGGGAAGGGUAGUUCUGAGUCAGUCCUCGGUUCUCUUCCAGAGUUCACCACAGGAGCCAGCGGAGUGACAUCUACCUCUUUGAAAGCCAACUUAUUUCGGGAUGAGCUGAGGCAAGUUGCCACCCCCAGAACGGAGCCCAUAGGGAGCAGGGAUCAAGGAGAAGGGUUCUUGUCAUCUACUCUUGAUCCUUCAAAGUCUGAAACAAAUCAUAGGAUCUCAUUAUCUGUUGAGCACCACGGCCCAGCCAUGCUACCAAUGAUGGCGCCUGUCCAUCAGAGGCACAAAAUGUCCCCAUCCACAAUGAAAGUGCUGAAUUCUCCUCCCAGGGCUACCUCUUUGCACUCUGUGAUGGAACAUUCUGCUUCUCCAAUGCUGGCAAGAAUGUCAAGGUCAGAGCCUCAGCUGAGCACCACUCCAGCGGGCCACGUUGAAGACAGUCAUCCUGGUUCAAUGACUCCCAUCACCUCCAGCAGUAAGAACUUUGAAGAGCCCUUGAGAGCAUCCUCAGCUGGGAACAUGGAUCGGCCAUUAGAGGUAGUCAAACAUCUCACACCUUUGAGGGUUGCGUUGCGUAGCUUCUUAACCUCUAAAGUGUUUCGAAAGCAUCCUUCAGAAAUUCAAUACCCACCCGGCACAGUGUCAGGUUUUCUGACAUUCUCGACUGUGAAAAACCUCACAAAACAUGCAGCUGUCUCUUAUGCCUAUUCAGAAGCAGCCCCUGCACUUCCUCACCCAGCAGAAACGUCUUCGUACUUCAUGGCUUCUGCCUUGGCCAACGUUUCCCAGUCUCAUCGCUCCUCACCCAUCCCCCUGAGGGCAAGUGAGACACCAAGAACAUCAACCUCACCCACUCCGUUCUUGGAAUACAUUCAAGCACACACCACUCUGUCGAAAAAACAACUUGAAGGUAUAAAUCUUCAGGUACGUUCCAGGCCACCUGUCUCUGUGUCUUCUCAGGGGUUUACAAAUUCCUAUUUUGCAACUUCAGCUCUGAAGGACAGUCAAGCUCUCAUUGGAAGAGGCCCUCUGACAAGUACCGAAGAACAGACAAAUGCAAAAAUCAGCGAUCGAGAAACUGGCAAGAAUGUGAGACACCCUGAAACUCACCAUCUAGAAGAAGCAACUCAUUUCAUGCCAACCAUGCUGGGCACUGAUCCUGCUUUCCUGGUUUCCCCGAAGUUCAUCUCAGCCUCAGCAUCCUCAGGGGGCAAUGUGGGAUCUACAGGUUUCCAGAAAGAGAUCCCUAAGUUUCCCCUGACCACCCCUCACCCACUUCCACCGAGUGCUACUCGUAAAGACAUGACUGCUUCACCAAUAGGUGGAACGGCCCCUCCUUUGGAAAUGCCACACUCAGAUCUGCAAAGCCUGAGUGAAAUUGGAGCAAAUGAUCAAGCGAUAUUUUUCUCACCAUUAAUUGCCAAGGAGGAGGUUAUUCAACAUGGCCGAUGGCAGAAGGCAGGAGCUGCUCCUCCAUUUUCUACAUCAUCUCGCCUACAUCCGCAGCCAACAAACAUAGAAGGGGACCAUCAGGACAGAACUCGACUGUUGAAUUAUGGACAGAUACGGGACUCUGGUUCUUUCAUACCUAGAUCAGGUACUACAUUCUCCUCCUUGGGGUCUUCUGCAGUUGCAAAGAUACCAGCCUCCCAAGUCACCACAUUACCUUCAGGGGUUCCAUCUGAUGGCCCUGUGGACAAAGUUCCAAACCAGACAUCUCAUUUACAAAGUUUGCCUCUGGACCUCAGUGAGACAACACGUAGUCUUCACACCCAAGUUCUGCUGACUUUGGAGGGCCUUUUAGAUACAUCAGAAGGUACCGCUGAGGGAGAUUUUGUGCUGGAAACUACCAGCACUGCAGAAUUUGCUGAAUCUUAUUUACACACAGUGGGAGAGCCGGCUACUGUUGUGAUGAAUGCUACCAAAGUGAUGGACAUUACUGAAGAAACAGAAAAAGACCCUCUGGCUGUUUUACAGCAGUCAGGCUCCAAUUCCAGUUUAUUAGAUCGGAAGGUACAUCACCGGAGACCAACACGCUCCGACUUUGUUCUUCUGGAUGGCUUUGCCAUCGUGUCUGAUGAUGCCUGCGGUUCUGGCAACUAUACCACGGAGAUGAACCUCUACCGCACCACAGGCCGGCCACCAUCUCGCACCGAGAGUUUCCUGGCCCGGAUCGUGCUUCAGAGCAACUGCAGCCGUCCCACCCUGAUGGUCCAGUCGUGCUGUGUCACUCACACUGCCUGGCCCAUUGGACCCGAUGCUGCCUGCUGCCUCUUCUCCAGGACCCCGCUGGGAUGCAAAUACAUGCAGCUGCACCAGAACAGCAACCCCCAAGCAGCCAGCCUCACCAUUCAGCCCUUUCAACUGCUCAACUGCUCCAUGGCGUACCUGCACUGUGAACUCAGCGUCUGCCUGAGCAACCACGCCAGCUGUGACCAGAGCUGCUCUGAAGACAGGGAGACCCGCUCCCAGGCAGGCCAGCCCAGUGGCCAGAGCACCUAUCAGACCCUCCACAACCUGAUCUCCUUUGGGCCAAUUCAGAAGGCCCAGCCUGAGUUCCCAUCAGAGGCGGCCGCUGAGUCUGAGCUGGCCAUGCUGUGCCCCGUCCUCCUGGGCUCCUUAGCUGGCGUUGUCAUCUUACUGGGCAUCUCUGUAUUUAUCUGGUUCUAUCAGAGACACAAGAUCAGGAUGGCAGAAAAGCUGGAAGGGGAAGGACUCUGCACCCCUUGAAGCUCAGAACCAGCAGACUCCAGUAGCCGAACCAUCUUGGGAUGAUGGUGCAAAUCAGGAACACGGGGUUGGCUUAGCCUGCAUUGCUUUCUGUCCUGGGGGCAGGGGGCGUGUCCAUCUCUGCUUUGCUCUUUUCCUUCCUUUAUCAUGACAGAGCUGAAAAGCAGCAGGCAUCAAAGGAGAGCAAACAGACGGCUUGUGGCUGCAGAGGAUCAAAAAUUCAGGACUAGAGGCAGGGAAGGAGGGCAUUUUUCAGGCCCUUCGGUGGAGGAAGAUGGGUGGCAUCAUGGAAUGAUGGCUGCAGGCAAGGAUAGAAAUCCUCUUGAGUGUGGAAUAUCUGCAGUGUUUCUCUUCCUAAGAUUGUGUUGGCCUUUUCUGCUGCAGGGUUGUAACUGCUGGCUCAUGUUCAGAUGGGACCAGGUGUGAGGACGGUUUCCGAUUCCUCCACGGAAGUUACAGGAGAGGUGAAAUGAAAAUGAAUGGCACCUUAAAAGACUCACAGAUAUAUUUGUUGCAGAAGCAUCCAAGGGGCAGAGCCCACACUGUCAGAUGCCUGAAGAGUUGGAUGAUAUAUCCAUAUUGAAAUACAUUCCCAAGAUAGUUAGAAAGGAAGAUCUGAAAGGAUGAGAUCAAGGGGUAGUUAAGAGAAAGAGGAGCAGAUGUAGCUUUCUUUUGGUUCCCCUGAGAGUCACAAGCUAGUAACAUGGGAGGUAAAGACUGAGCAUCUUUCUUACCAGCCACUAGGUGGUCUUUGGCCCUCUGAUUUGCCAUACUUCUAUCAUCUGGGUGUCCAGCUUCCAGGCUUGCCCUUGGUUUCCCACCUGGCCAGGUUGGCCUUCUCUGCCCUUUGCGGAUGCUUCUUAACUUGAUUGGUUAUCACGUAGAAAUCUAAUCCAGUGGCUAACAUGACAGCCACUGAGAUCUGCAAUAAAGUUUGAUUCCAUCUCCUUUUUUGGCACUUGGGGCUUUGUUGGAUGGUAGUUUGGGGUUCCCUGCAGAGAAAGGGGAAGGCGCCAAGUUUUUCAUGGUCAUCCCUCAAAGCAGAAGAUACAGCAGAUGUGAGCUGUGGAGCCUGUUUUCUUGGCAACAGAUG